GAUUCGAUUCCCGACGCGCGUCCUUUGCGUCAGUUACGGUAGUCUCAUGAUCGCAAACUUUCCCUUUAGUUUCAUUUCGACAACAAUCACCAUCACCAGUCAUCCUGAAUGUGGACAAACGACUCUCUCUUAAGCUCUGGGUGAUUCAUGAAACAAAAGCCCUUUAUAGUUUAUAGAUCUAGAUUGAAUUCGGAGUGUGUUCAUAGUUCAGAUCGCGAGCGCUUCACAAAAACGACGAGAAAAGACGCAGUUUAAAGUUAUAAGCGAUUAUGUGAGUGGAUCAUGGCUGUCUCAGGCCCGGCUCUGGAGGAGUGUGUGUCGCGUGAGUGUGUGCGGGACGAGUUCACCUGUGCGGGUGUGCUGGGGGGGGCCCUGCGGGCACUGAGGCCCUCGGUGGAGCGAGUGUUCGGGGUCGCGCUGGCCAUCGGCACCGAAGACUCGGCUCGGAGCGGCCUCAUCUGGCUCCAGCUGAGCGGGGCGGCACCGGACGUGGAGGCGGCAAAGAUUUUCGUGAAAGGUGUGGUCAAUCAGGAAGCCCAAAAAGAGGUCCAGUUUCCCGAGGUGCUUCACUGUGUGUUCUGUGGUGCCAAAGGGCUGUUCAUGGACUGCCUGACUAAAAACACCUCUGCACAUAUAGUGCUGGGAUCCCAGGGCUGUCUACUCAUCACCGGACUGGCAGAACCUGUGGCGAAAGCCUACUCGUUUAUCACAGACCUGGUGGAGAAGUACAGGAGCAGCCAGGGACGGCGUGCCGAGACCGGGACCGGGGUCGCGGGAGAAUCCCUGGAGUCACGUCGGGCCUUCAAGUCCCUAGUUGAGAAUCUGGAGGACCGGCACGCCCUCGACCUGCUGGUGUUACCGGUGAUGGUGAAGGAGGCUCUGCUGGACCAGGUGAAGCAGUCUGGAUUGGACUCGAAAGCAAAGCGGCACCAGGAAGGUCUAAUCCCAUUGGAAGCCAAUGGAUCAUUACGCGUUUAUGAUCAUAAAGCAGAUAACUCACAUUCUGCUUAUGACAGGAUUAACGCCACGGAUGAUUUCAGAAAUGAAUUCCACACUCCGUUUCCCAGAGGCCUUACCCUCGACUCCCCGGAGUCUCCAGAACCCGAAUCCGAGACUCCUGCUGUUCCGUCGUCCGCGAGAAACCAAGAGGAGUUCGAGCACCUUCUCAAGUUCUUCAGCGCCAUGGGAUUCACCGAAGAGGUUGUGCGCGGCGUUCUGGCCCGAACCGGCCCUAAAGAAGCCUCGCAGCUUCUGGAUUUGAUUCAACAGGAGCACGACAAAACCAACCAGCGGAACAAUAACGACAAUGCGGUUAGCGAAACGCACGAGGCCAUUGAAGUAGGAGAGGAGAAUGCUGAAGAGGAAGACUUCGUGUUGGGGGUGUUGAAGAAGGCGGCGGCCACUUGUGGAUACACCGAGGACAGAGUAAUGGAAGCGUUUGGCAGUCUACCCGAGCUCAAGCCACACGAGCUGCUCAUGCAACUGCAGAAACAAGAGGUCGCCGAACACGCGAUUGGGACGAAAAAUGGUGGAAAGCAAGCUGAUAGGACGAUUGAUACAUAUCCAAUGGCAGAUUUUGAAAAAGUCGAUUCUGGGAGCGGAAACCGAGCGACAAAGCUAAGCAUGUCCAAACCGGUAAGCGUUCCCUCAGUGAGAGGCCCGCCUCAGACUACAUACGCCUUCGAAACCAUGGACCCGCCGGCACGAUCGCCUCCACGGAGGAUCAAACCAAGCAUAGAUCUCGGAUCCCCAAAUCUCCCCAAUCACGUCAUCGCGCCCAAACCGAGAGCGUCGGAAGCGUCUGUGGUCACGGGACCCCAGCGGUUCCUCGAGAGCCUGAAGACGCCAUUCAAACUGCAGCUGUCGGACGAGCCUGGCGACCCCAUGCUGCGUCAGGUCAUCAUCGACGGCAGCAAUGUUGCAAUGAGUCACGGGCUGGGGGUGUUCUUCUCCUGUCGAGGCAUCGCUCUGGCCGUCCAGCACUUCUGGGCGAGAGGACAUCGAGAAAUCACCGUGUUCAUCCCUCAGUGGAGGCAGAAGAACAACUCCAAGAACAAAGUGUGCUCUGUGUUUCCUGUAGAAAAGCAUUACCUGACUGACCUGCAUGAUCUGGGCUUCGUCAAAUACACUCCCUCCAGAGAGGUCGAGGGCAAGAGAAUCAACUCAUACGACGACCGAUUCAUGCUGGCGCUGGCGCAGGAGACGAACGGGGUGAUCGUGACGAACGACAACCUGAGGGAUCUCGUGGACGAGUCGCCCGCGUGGAGAGACAUCAUCAAGAAGAGUCUGCUCCAGUACGUGUUUGCUGGAGAUCUCUUCAUGUUGCCCGAUGAUCCCCUGGGCCGAGGCGGACCGCACCUCAGAGACUUCCUGCACAAACACCACCGCCACACGUUUGCAGGAUCGUCCUUCCCCGCUGCGCCACCCGCGCCCCGCGCUCACACCGAGCUCCUGCAGUACCGGGACCGGACCCCAGGGGGCAGAGGUCAGGAGGUCAGCGAGAGGUCGGUGGAGGAGACGCUGGCGCUGCAGCAGAGUCUGCUCCCCAUCUUCCCCGGCCAGGAGAGCGUGAUCGUCAUGAUCCUGCAGUGUCACCCGACGCUCCGAGACCUGGAGCGCAUCACACACCUCGUGCUGGAGCAGCAGGACUAACACUAGCAGCGCCUCACAGUGGACCGGAGGAAACCCGACACUCAUCUCAAUCAGAGCUCACACACUCGGGACCGUUUUUAAACUGUGCUUGUGCUUUUAGGAGACGUUUACAAUGUGUGCAACACUUUACAAUGAGCUACGGAAUUAACAAACUUUUAAAAUUAACAAACAAACAUACGGAAAUGUAGUUAAAGCACUGAACAAACGAGAUGCAUGCUUUAGAAAUGCAAGGCAAGGCAAGUUUAUUUAUAUAGCACAUUUCAUACACAGUGGCAAUUCAAAGUGCUUUACAUGGAAGAAAUU